AUGCCUCCCACCAUGGUGGAGCACAACGGCCUGGACAUCAUGUGCCUUAACAAGUACUGUCACAGUUCCUCCUCGUCGUCCAGCUCCGAGCAGGACAAGAAGAUUUUCAGCAAACUAAAACUCAGUUUGUCAGGGGAUUACCCGAGGAAGAACGCAGAGAUCCUCAGCGGCCAGUACGGGACCAACCUGCUGCUGAUUGGGGCCGCUUUGAUGCUGGCCAUCGCGCACCAUGGCCCCUCUGUCAAGGAAGAGCACCUGCUGUCCUUUGUCACCUGCCUCAUGAUCCUCCAGCUGUUCUGGAUGAUGUGGUACAUCUUGGUGCGAGACAGACAGAAAAACACGCGGACAGAGAAAGACGUCCACGCCACUACUUGCUGGAUUAGAGGUGGUUUGACUCUCCUUGCACUCCUUUCACUGAUCAUGGAUGCUUUCCGAAUCGGGCAUUAUGUUGGCUAUCAGUCUUGUGUGUCUGCUGUGCUCGGGGUAUAUCCUGUCAUCCAUGCAACUCACACCAUAGCACAGGUGCAUUUUCUCUGGUUUCACAUCAAGGAUGUCAUCAAGAGCUUUGAAACAUUUGAGAGAUUUGGUGUAAUCCAUGCAGUCUUUACAAACCUCCUCCUGUGGUGCAACGGCGUCAUGUCAGAGGCCGAGCACUUCUUGAACAACCAUAAGAGAAGACUCUCCGCGCUGGGCUACGGAAACCUCACUAUAGUGCACUCAGAACCCCACUGUAACUGCACCACCAGCACUUGCUCCAUGUUCUCCAGCAGCCUCUUCUAUCUCUAUCCCUUCAACGUUGAGUAUCACAUCUUUGUCUCUGCCAUGCUCUUUGUCAUGUGGAAGAACAUUGGGCGGACCAUUGACCUCUCCUCAAACCGAAAGAGGCUGGCUACCAAAACCCAGGGCCUGACUGUUGGCCCCAUCCUGGGUCUACUUGCACUGGCCAGCACUAUCGGGAUCCUGGUGGUCUACGUCACCCAUGUGGAGGAAUCCCUCAAGAUGCGUCAGUCAGCCAUUUCCAUGUUCUACAUUUAUGGCAUUGUCAUGCUGGUUUUCAUGUGCUCUGCUGGUGCUUCAGGUCUGAUUAUAUAUCGAGCAGAUCAUGUGCCGCUUGACACCUCCAAGAACCCGUCCAGACAGCUGGACACGGAGCUACUGUUUGGGUCCUCCAUCGGCUCCUGGCUCAUGUCCUGGUGCAGCAUAGUGGCUGUGUUAGGAGCCAACAGCAAUCCUCCUUACCGCUGGACCAACCUCAUAUACUCUCUGCUUAUUGUGCUGGAAAAGUACAUCCAGAACCUCUUUGUCGUGGAGUCCCUGUAUCGCAAGCAAGGCGAUGGCGAGAGGGAGGACCCCGAGUUACCAGCUUCUCCAGAAAUCUUCUCGGUGACAUCGUCUUUGGCUCCGCCGUACAACGGCAUCAUCAACCGGGCCUAUGACACUCCGGACAGAACCUGUAGCACCAUGGAGAACGAGCAGGAGGAGAGCGGACAGGUGUACAGAUGUCCGAGGAAACCUUCCGAGGUGCCGCUGACAGUUGGAAACAAAGUAAAGGAGCCCACAAACAUAAAGAGGCAAAUCCUGAAGAACAUUGCGGUCUUCCUGAUUAUGUGCAAUGUUUCGCUAUGGAUCCUUCCUGCCUUUGGCUGCCGGCCACAGUACGACAACGGGUUGGAACAGGAGACGUUUGGCUUCGGCAUAUGGACCACAGUUCUCAAUUUCGCUAUUCCUUUGAACCUUUUCUACCGCAUGCACUCAGUCGCCUCCCUUUUCGAGGUGUUUCGCAGAGUCUGA